AUGGGUGGCACAAACGGCCCUUCUCAGGGCCAAGACAGAACUCGUUCAUCGAGGAAAUGCUGUGAACGAACCGGCUUGCACCUCGGUGUCCUCCCGAUCCGGCGACAGAACAACAUCUCCAGCCCGCCAAGUCACGACACGAAGCCAACGAACGCCUAUGAUCGCAGGACAAAACGAUGCCCCCGCGGAACAGGCUACAAGACACCUAACUUCGCCAGCGCUAACAAAUGCGCCCUCAACACACCAAGCAACAAUCGCAAUAUCGUCGACGCCACAUCACUUAGCAACACCCGCAAGCAUGUUGCAAUCACAAUUACUACAACCAUCGGAAAAACCCGAAAAGCAGCCCCUAAUGAGUCACCACUCAACAGCGCACGCAGGUGUGCUUCAAAUGAGUCAUCGCUCUACGGUGCACACAGGUGCGCAAACAAUGACUCACCACCCGGCAGCGUACUCAGGUACCCCGCCGUCACCGAGCGUAACCGCCACAACGCCUCAAACAGCCGUCGUGAACACAACCUCCAGUUUCGCGCCGCACGCACCGGAAAUCAUGGAUACAGACUCCAUCUCAAUCAGACGUCACCGCCCCUC